AUGGAAGUGACCAGAGUGCAUUUAGACCUCAAUGAUGCUGAAGAAACCACUGAAAGAUCGGAGCUUAUCAUACCUGUAUCAUUGCAAGCGGUUCUCCGACCACAUCAAAUAUCUGCCCUGCAUUUUUUAUGGCGAAAACUCAUUGAUGAAGGCAUGGAAGAAAUUAUUCAAAAAAGUCGAGGGGCGCCACUUACAGAACUAGUGCGAAUGUAUCAAGAGAUGUUUGGAUGUAUAUUAGGACAUUCUAUGGGUCUUGGUAAAACAGUGACGGCGUUAAGUUUCCUCUUGUUACUACAACGACAAUAUGGAGUUAAAAUGGAUGCGACUGCACCGUCCUUGCGGGUUCUUGUGUUGACGCCGCGUAGUUGUACAUAUCAGUGGCAAACCUGUUGUGCGGAGUGGAUGCGGCAGGAGUUAUUUGGCGAUACCACCUUAACGGUAUACGCCCCACUUGGAUCCCGGAGCACAAAUGAUAUUAUCUUAACAUUUUACAAAACAGGAGGUAUUCUUUUGUUGGGAUAUGAAGAAUAUCAAAAACUCCUACGUCAGGCAAAGGAGAAAAUGACUGAACCACCUAUUUGUCAUCGUAUUCCAUCUAUAUUUGAUCAUGUACGACCACCUCUGCCGCUUAAUCCUCAAGUACAUUUAUUAGAUAUAUUGGAAAGUCCAGAUCUGGUGGUUCUGGAUGAAUCCCACCGUCUGAAGCGAUUAAACUCUAAACUAGUGAUUGGAUUAAUGGAACAUCUACGGGGCGUGCAGCUCCGUCUGGCUCUCACCGGCACUCCGCUGCAGAACCACUUGGAGGAAUAUAAUGUGAUGUAUUCAGUCGUGACCGGCAGUGCGAUGGACCCGGCGCCAUUUCGUCGUCUCUUCACAACUCCCAUUGAACGCGGUCAGUGUGCGGACUCCACACUGCAGCAGUUCACAGAGAUGCAGCGGUGUGUGGCCUCACUGCGGAAGUUCUUCAGCACAACUGUACAUCACUGCGGGCCGGAGGUGCUCGAACGCGAACUUCCUCCACGCCGCGAGUACGUUCUUCUCGUAGGGUUAUCACCCCAACAGGAAGUGGUGUAUCGUGAGAUGCUAAAAAGACACGCACGAAGUGAUAAUAAACGCAUUAUUCUCGCACUUCAUCAUGAGGCAUCACAUGUCUGUUGUCAUCCCGCAUUAACACGACGAAGGGCGCAUGAGUUGAUGCACUUUUCAGAUCAAAUAACAGAUGUGGGAUGGACAAAUAAAGAUGGUGUAAAGCAAAGUUGCUCUUCCCACUUGCAUUCAUCAUCCAUGUCAACUUAUCAAUCCUUAUCUUCAUCGGUUUCAUUCUCUGCAUCUUCUUAUUCAUCCUCUCUCUCGUCCUCUUACAACUCAUCAUAUUUCUCCUCUACGUCUAGUCGUUCAUCAUCAUCAUCAUCAUCAUCAUCAUCAUCGUCAUCACGAUCACGAUCAUCAUUAUUGUCAUCAAAAGCUCCGUCUUUGGUAGUGUCUGACAAUAAUAAUAAUAAUAAUAAAGACACUGAUCCAGAUUCAGUAUGGCAACGGUUAGAUAUCGCUGAAUCACCAAAGUUGGCCUUAACGCUUUCUCUUAUGCAUCAUAUUAGUGAAAAUCUAGGUGAAAAGGUGGUACUUUUUUCUAUAUACAGAAGUCACCUUUUUCUUCUUUCUAGGUUGCUGCAUUUGAGAUAUGGAUUAGAGGCUGAAGUCCUACAUGGUGGUAUUGAAGUUCGGGAUCGUCAACGAAUUAUUGAGGAAUUUACGAAUAAUGAAUCUCGGCGAGUAUUAUUAUGUUCUACAAAGGCUAGUGGUGUUGGUAUUAAUUUAGUUACAGCCAAUCACUGUAUAUUAUUUGAUGUUAGCUGGAAUCCAGCAGAUGAUACUCAAGCCACAUACCGCCUUUAUCGUUAUGGUCAAAAACGUCCAGUUACAAUAUAUCGUAUUGCUACUGCCGGAACUUUUGAACAUGUUGUCUUUUACUACGCUUUAAGUAAAUCAUGGCUUCACAAGAAGAUUGUGGAUGUAGCUGAUCCUACUCGUUAUGAACGGCAUAUGAAGGAUAAUUAUUUUAUUUAUCCCUGUAGGUUGCCGAUUGAUUUUAGUCAAAAUGAAGGCGAAUAUGAUAAUCAAACUGGAAUUCCAAAUAAAGAUUCCGUGCAGCAGCGCUGGCGAGAGUACGCGGAGGCGCACUGCCCUGCUCUCGCCCUCACAGCACCGGACGGUACUUUCAAGUGGAUACGUUCAAUUGCAGAACAUUCUUUUCUUUUACGUGAUAAUACAGAGGAAGUUAUUAGGGAGAUGAGUAAACGGUUUGAGAUGGAAAAGCAGGUCUCGCGCUUACCGGUUGUUAUGCAAAACAUAACGACAGAAACACAACCUGUACGCGAGGAGUAUGAUUCUCCAUUACAACGAUGUGAAUCAGCACUUCAAUCUUGUUUCAAGGCGUGUGCAAGAUAUCUUGUGAAGACGGCAAAACAACAAUACCAUCAAGAAAAUGAAGAAGAAGGAGAAGAAAAGGAAAAAGAGGUAUCUGUAAAGGUUGAGAGUGGAAAAAGAAGUUCUAGUAAAAUAAAAAAAGUUUUGUGUAGACUCUUUGCAAAUGUUCUUGGUUUAGGCGAGACAACAGGAGGAAUGGUAGAAAUACUAAUGCUACUCUUUCAUCGAGGUGUGGAUGAAGUUAUGAAGAAUAUACUAAGUAAGUCAUCAUAUGCAAAGAUACGUUCUAUGCUAACUACUAGGGCUUCUAUGGAUGGUUCCUCAAAAGAUUCACUACAAGAUGCGUUGCGAUAUCGACCUUUUGCACUCUUUGCACGCAUGUCUUCUUCUGAAGUUGCGAUUACAUUAACAGAGAUGGGGUUUGUACGACUGUUUGUACCAUAUUGUACGAUUCUUGGUACUAAAUUGGCACUAAAGGAGAACAAGGCAACCCCUGAAGUACUACAAACCCUUAACGCUUACUUUACUUGUUCUAAUGAACCGAAAAACAUAUGUGAUGAAUGGAAUGUGGAGUCUUCGCUGGUACGUUGUUUAGAGUCUUUCUGGCCUCCGUGUGAGGGACUGAAGUUGCAGCCGCCUCCCUACACAAUUGCGGAUAUGGAGGCAAAAGAGAAACUUACGGAACGUGCGUAUCGCACGGCAUUAGAGCGCACUGGUGGGUUUCUCACAGCGAAGGAAGUGGCGAAGUUUAUUGAUUUGCGUUCUGUACGUGGUCGGCGUGAUUUGUAUCACUGCAAACGCUGCGCUGAUGGUCUAUUGGACCGCACACCGCCGGAUUUCUUGUUGAAGUGCACUCGUUGUCACUAUAGCGCGGAAUUUGAUGUACAAACACAUAUCACAACUCGUCAUGCUUGUGUAUUGUAUCAACUCUCUGUUAUUUGUGAACUGCUGGACGCCUUUUCUGUCUCUCGCAGUUUUACAACGGCGUUUGUCCCUCGUGCCUGUCAAGAUGGGCUGCAAGUAUUGCGACAACUUCGACAGGCAAAUGCCGUGCAUACAUCACGAAAGUUUAUCGCCGUUACAUUGAUUGCUGGUGUGGAUGUGUUACUCCAACUGCUCUCCGAUGAGGACGUGAUGCGGGUUUGUGUGCAGUGCGGUGCUGCGGAACCCGAGGCGUUGCGGCGGCUUCUCCGAGUGGACUCGAAUGGUGUUUGGAGUGCAUCUCUGCGCACACACGUGCGGCGAGCAGUGACGGAAGCUGUAAUGGGAAGAACAACAACAGGGACGACAACAACAACAACAAACAAUAUGUCGACGAUGGCGAUGCCGGAGAUGCUUAUAAAACUUGGACUGCGAUCAAUUAUGCAGGGCUUUAAUAAUGGUGAGACAUACGCUAAAGAUAUAUUACUCAGUGGAGUACAGACGGAAGAGGCAUCCAUGAUGCGAUUUAUUUGUGAUGGACUUGUGAAACUUAACUAUGCAGAGCGAUUACUAGCGAAUCCACUUAGUCGUGCAUUGUUGGAUGCUGUCAUGAUGGAUUAUAAUUCACCUAGUGACGGUAAUAACAGCAGUGACAGUGACAAGAACAAUAGUGAGAAUGAGAUUGAGUAUCAAAAUUCAAGUCCUGGAAGAGAAAAACAAGGAGAGAGAGGUGAUUUGGACUUGUCUCCAUCUCCCAGUAUCGCCUCUGUUGCUCGCCGUGUGAAGGCGAAAAAACGACAACGUUCACCAACCUGUAACUCUUCUUCUGGUUCAUUCUCUUCUGCUCGGUCUAGUGCGUUAUCCUCGUUUAACUCGUGUUACUCCGACGAUGAUGAUGAUAAUGAUGAUAACAGCAGCAAUGAUAGCAGGAGGAGUAGAGCAUCCGCUGCCAGAACUGCCGCCAAUCGUGCACGCCGACAAAUGAUGGAAUCGGAAGAAGUGCUACGUCUACGUUCAGUGCAUUACUGGGCUGCAUACUGUGAAGUGUAUGGCACCUGCAGUAUGGCCUCCCUUACAGUUAUGAUAGAGGAUGAAGAGAAUGGAAUGUCUAUUCUGCCGCCGCCGCCAAAUAGUUUUUGGGUGAGUGAAGUGAGAAGAGGAACGCGGGAAGGGAUGCAGCUAUCAACUGUUGCGGAUGCAUUUCUUGAGAAGAUCAUGUCGUUGAGCACUGGAGUACGAGUCAUCAAGUGA